UACACUUACACAUUUGAUCCAGUUCUGAAUGCCACUUUAACUCCUGUCUCUAUCACAAUGGAAGAAACCAAUUGGAGGACUGAAACCACAGAUGAACAGAUCUCAAGACAAGAUUUUAUGAAAACAUUAAGCCGUGUUGACUUCUUUCUUAUUUCAGCAACUCUCUUCUUUGAUGAACACCUGUCCAGCAUUGGAGAGUUUUACUAUAAUGAAGCUACCGCUCCUGGUUCAGAAUUCUAUGAUCCCAGGGCUGCUACAUCUCUUGCUGUUGAGGAUUGUAACUGUGGUCUAGGAUAUUCAGGCCUGUCAUGCGAGGAAUGUGCUGCAGACUACUAUCGUACCAACGUGACUGACCACCCAUAUUUUGGUGUGUGUAUUUCGUGUACAUGUAAUGGACAUAGUGAUUCUUGUGAUCCAAGUAAUGGACAAUGUAUAGACUGUCAGCACAACACUACAGGUAGGAACUUAAUGUUUAUUGCAACUUUUUGAAGAACAUGUGGUGAAGAGGAAAGCUUGAGCUUCCUUGCUGUUGAUCUUAGCCUCAAAUCAAAUGUUGGUCACAUUACUUGUAACCUUAUCUUCUUGAUUUGUUUGUCUUCAACUACUAGAAGAUGUAUGUACCAGGAAGUGUGGUUGUUUUAAAGUAAAUUUAAACCUACGUAUGCAGUAUACAUUUUGAACUGUAUUUUACACCACAAAA